AUGUCUCUAAAGCUCCAAACCAGUAACAUCACCAACAAAACCGACCCCAAGUCCCGAAACUCACGCGUUUUCAUCGGGAACCUGAACACAGCGCUGGUGAACAAAUCGGACGUGGAGGCCAUCUUCUCGGAGUACGGUAGAGUACUCGGCUGCUCCGUGCACAAGGGAUACGCGUUUGUCCAGUAUGCCAGUGAACGCCACGCCCGGGCAGCUGUGGUGGGUGAGAACGGGCGCGUGCUAGCCGGGCAGACGCUAGACAUCAACAUGGCCGGAGAGCCCAGACCGAGCAGAGCCAAAGCACUGAAGAGGACUGCUUCUCUCUACGGUGGAUAUGAGCUGGACUAUGACUUCUACAGGGAGGACUUCUACGACAGGUUGUUUGAGUACCGCAGCCGUGUGUCGCCUGUUCCCCGGGUGGUCCCUGUGGUCCCAGUGAAACGUCUCCGAGCACUGCCCCUCCUCCAUCGGGUCAAAGGCAUCCCUGUGAAGAUGCUAAGGAGAGGAGCCCUCGUCACCACCAGCUCUAAAAAGAUAUUGGUGAGAGGCAAUGAGCUCCAGGCCAUCAAGACAGAGCUGACCCAGAUCAAGGCCAACAUCGAGGCUCUGCUGGGGAGACUUGAGACGCUGGAGGAGCACAGCACAGAACCCGAUUCAAGGAAAGGGGGUGGAGCUGAGUCAGAGGAAGGGGCGUGGCCUGAGGAAGAAGGGGAGGAGUUAGGGUCAGAUGCCGAAGAUGAAGCCAUGAGCCUACAGAGUGAAGAUGAAGAAGAACACAGACCAGAAGAAGAGACGGAUCAGGCAGACAACAGCACAUAUCCACACCACUGCGAACACCACAUGAGACAGCUGAAGUUCAUCCGUGAGAGGGCCGAGGUCCAAAGCAGACCGCUAGAGGUACAACCUUUCAAAGAGAUCCACAAUGCUUGGGACCUGCGACCGGCUUGCAGGAGGCGGCGCUACUCGCCCUCGUGCAGUAAUCGGAGGACCAGCAGUAACUCCAGCCAAGUUGUGUUUCCAUACUCCGGAUAUGGCUCCGGGUCCACGUAG